AUGAACAUGACGCUACCCCACUUACGAACAUUCGAGUUACGAACAUUUGGACAUACGAACAGACAUCACCUCAAGUUUAUUGUACCAAUUAAAAAGAUCAGCGCGUGUGUCCUGACGGUGGUGUACGGCGCUGUAGCAGUUACUUUAGAGGAGCACGUCGCCGCCUGCAGGGUAGGUCUGGCGCGUGAUCUGCUGGGGAUCCUGCCUACUUGUCAUGACCUGUCCGACACCUCUACGCUCUUGGCAGCUCGAAUCUUCGUGUACAUCCAGGUGAGCGUGUGGAUGCUCUUCCUCACUUUCUCAGUCCUGCUCAUCGUCGGUGCAGUUAAGGAGCGUGGAGGACUGUUGGUGCCGUGGUUGGUGCUGUCUGUGGUAGUGAUGGCUGCUGUGGUGUGGUCUGGAGUCCGUGCUGCACUGCAGCAUCGCACUCUCGACCUUCUCGCCUCUGUCCUGGCUAUCGUUGUCUGCACCUACUGUUGCCUCGUCGUGAGAUCCUACUCCAGGCUCAUUAAGAAGGAAGCUCUAGUGCCUGUGCUCGUACCCUCCACCUACACACACACCCGCAUGUACUGCGAGAGUCCCUAUGCCAGUCCUGGGGAGACGCAGGAGCUGCCUCCAGCUUACAGCCCGCACCAACUCCUGACUAACAAGAAGUCACCUCUGCCCACAGGCCUCGGCGUCAAAAUAUGAUGACCAGCCGCAGAAGGUGACGAAGCCAGAAACAUUGAGGAUUACACUUGAUAUAUUUUUAAUACUGCUGUACGAGAUAUUAUUUUGAUAUUGCUGUACGAGAUAUUAUUUUGAUAUUGCUGUACGAGAUAUUAUUUUGAUAUUGCUGUGCGAGAUAUUAUUUUGAUAUUGCUGUACGAAAUGCUGUUUUGAUAUUGCUAUACAAAAUCACUUUGAGCAUAGUCUUAAUAAACCUGUUUGCUUUUUGGUGAAACAAAUAGCGAAGACUACAAAGUGUUCUCUUAAGUGUAAAUAAGAUGAUUGCUUUUAAACUUUAUCUAGUUAUAAGGUGAAUUAUAAAUUUUGGGUGUCAGGUGCUAUUAAAAAAUAUAACGUGCAUCUUGGUAGUACUAUAAUACCUACCAGUUUGCAAAGAGCUUCAAGCUUCAUUGUUUGGGGCGCUACGACAGGAUGUAAAGGAAUAACUAGAGGCAACAUGAAGAGUUUUUGUAGACCUUUGGUUCCUGUGGAACGGCUCUGAAGCAUCUUAAAUGAAAUAUAAAUGCUUACACAAGGCGUGGGUCAUUCAGUGGAAGGCGUGUUGAGGACUCGAACCUCCGACCACAAAUCGCGUGGUUGACAUGCUACUCUCACAGCGAGGCUGCAGCAGCAGAGAAUCUGAAGUGUCUUGAGCAUCCACUGUACUGGGUAAUGUUUGUAAUAUCUGUUCGGGAACCUUCGAAAUUAUUGUAAUAUUCAUAGGGAAGCGCUAAAUCUGUAGGCUUCACGCAUCUCCAUGGGAAUGGGAGAUAAUCAGAUUUGAUAAUAAUAAUAUUAAGAAUGAAUAAGUAUGUUCUAAACAGUGUUACUUAAAAAAAAGCGAAUUUUUCAAUGUGAUGAUUGCUGAAACAGAAAGAAAAACAAUUGGUCACAGUAUAGGUUGCUUUUCUUUUUAAACACCCUGUAUCAUUACGUUUUGAACACUCUGUGUUGAUACUUUUUUAAACACGCUGUGUUGUUGCUUUUUUGAACACUGUGUAAUUGUGUUUUGUGCAACAUCCUGUGACUGGUCAAUGGGACAACCCAGUAAGGUGGAUUGUAAGAGCUUUAAUGUGUCCAGUUAAUAAUAAAUCUUGUUUUAAA